AGCCGGGAGGGUGGCGGGAGCGGCUCCCGGAGCGGGGCUGCUCCCUGCUCUGGCUUUUCAACUCGAGUCCCUCUCAGGAGCUCGCACCUUCGGGCGCGUUAAAAAUUUUGAUUUUGUUAUUCUUUUUGAUAUUUUAUAACUUUUUUUUACUUUUUAAGAUUAAAAAAAAAAACCCAAACAAAACAGUUCAACUUUCCGACGCCAGCGCAGAGUUUUGCCCUGAUCGCCGGCACCGCGGGAUCGUGCGGCGCCGAGGCCAUGCGGUGAGCGAGUCUUGUGAAGAAAGCAAUCUGAGGACCAUGCAUCCGUGACUCCUGGAACCAGCCUGUGAGCCAGGGCAAUGGAAGUUCUAGAGGGCCUCCAGCGUACUGCUUCCGUGAGCAUUCCCAAUGGAUGUGCCAACAGGAUUUCCCAAGGAAACAUGGAGGGAGGGAGCACUGAUGCCUUGGAGGCCUGCGGUGCUGAGCACUGCGCCUCUGGCGACGCAAUCCCCGGUGAGCAGGAGGAAACACACAGGUAUAAGAAGACAACCAAGGGCAGCCGGAUCUGGAAUUUUGUCAGACGAAGGAAAGGACUCUCCACGAAUAAAGACAGGCCCCAGUCCAUGAUUCUGCUUGGAGUUGCCUCUGAGGCAUCAGAAUUAAAAAAGCCAUCCUUCAUGGACAGGGUACGCUCGUCAAAAAAGGGAAGAUCCUCCAGGACACCCAAGAACGUGGAUUUGAGAGCAUCCAGAGUGCAGGACAUGUGUGACCCUGAGGAGGACCUUCAUGGCAGUGGGCAGAGAGCUGUCUACAGGGUUAGGAAGCUGGGCGAUGGCCGGAGGCCCUCCCGCCACUCGUACGCGGGGUACAUUGAGGAUUUGGACUCUUCUUUUGAGGACAUAGAGCUGAACAUCAGCAUUCCUGAACUUGAUGCCACUGAAAGUAAAUGUCUCAGGGAUAUCAGUGGCAGAUUACGCGGUGAGGAUAAUGAUGGUAACUGCCACAGAAUACCGGCCAGGAAGAGCGAGUCUUUGAAUUUUGAGCACGUUAAGAGUCCUGCAAUUACAGAAGGGGACAAUCAAAAGAGGUGUGCUGUGCUCCCACAGGAGAGCAGGAGAGGAAGGAGCUCUGAUGUCUGGAGCUAUCUGAAAGGAAUUUCAUUAGCUAGCAAAGAUAAUUCAAAGCUCCCAGAUCAAAGGGCUGAAACCAAUUUCCAGAACUUAGAAAAUACAACUGAUCAUUCCGCUUCUUACUUUGACUUUGAUACGAGAUGUGAGGAAAAUCUCAGCCAGCGAAAAAAAUCAAACGGUGCUGCCAAAGCCACUCACUUUGGGGGUGUUGUGAGGUUCUUAACCAGCGUGGCCGAGGCGGCUCGGCGGCUGCGAGGCUCCUCGAGGGCAUUCUCCCCCGAUGAGAAGAGGCCUCAGCGCAGUUUCCGGGGCCGCAGGCAGGACGUGGCCUCCGCCAGAGAGGGCUUGGUUUUUGAGAACGAGAGCGCGAAGGCCUUCUGCACGGUGGGAGCCUGCCUGCAGUCCCCGGAUUCAGGCACGUGGGAGAACCUGAGCUUUGAGAGUCUGGGGGGGAAGGAGUCCCUGCAGCACUGCAAAACCACAGAUGGGCUGAAAGGCGUUGGUUCCUCUGGCCUGGACAGUGGCAAUGACAGGCUUAAUGAAACCUCACCUUCUCCCUUUGGGCCAGAGCCAUCCAUGUCCCACCAGGCAGAGCUUGCAGAUGGCUCUUUCACUGAACUGAACAGCAAAGACCCCUCUGAGGAUCUGGUUGAACUUCCACAGAUGACUGUGGCUGAACCAAUUGAGGACCUGGGCACUACUGCAGAGAAGACCCAGGACAUGGCCAGGGAUCUGCCAUCUUGUCGUGAUCUUCCUGUGAAUAGUCUGGAUACUGUGGACCUGGGCUGUUCUCCAGCUGCCAGUGGGGACUUUUCUGCAGAAACUGAAGUGCAGACUCACCUUCCACGAGAAUCGCCAGCUAAAUUUGAUUCUGGAGAUGUGGCUUGUGCCCCAAUGGUUGCUAAAGACAUGGAUCCAUCUUCUGCAGUUGCUCAGGAGCUUUCAGAGACAGAACUGGAUAAUCAGGACUUGAGAAAUCCUGAGCUGCCUUUGCAAAACUUGUCUGGAAGUGAGCCGGAGUUUCAAGACACUGGCAGUACCCUGGAGAGGGUCGUGGGCAGGGACCUGGCACCUUCUCCCAGUCUUCCUGUCAGUAAUCUGGAUGCUGCAGGCCUGGGCUCCUCUCCAGCUGCUGAUGGUGCCUUUCCUGCAGUGACUGAGGCUCAGGCCCACCUUCCACAGACAUCACUGACUAAACUUGAUACUGAGGAUGUGGCUUAUGCCCCAGCGAUUGUUAAAGACAUGGAUCCAUCUCCAGCUGCGGCUCAGGAAAUUUCAAGGACAGAACUGGAUAAUCAGGACUUGAGAAACCCUGAGCUGCCUUUGCAAGACUUGCUGGGAAGUGAGCUAGGGAUUCAGGACCUGGGCAGUACUCCAGAGACAUCACAGGUUGUGGCCAGGGAUGUGCCACCUUCUCCUGAUCUUUCUGUGAAUAAACUGGGUGCUGUGGACUUGGACCAUUCCCCAGCUGCCAAUGGUGACUUCUCUGCAGCACCUGAGGCUCUGAUCCACCUUCCCCAGGCAGCUGUGACUGAAGAGAUCCAAGACACUGUCAGUACUCUGGAGAAGAGUAAGGUCGCGUGCAGGGACCUGCCACCUUCUCACAACAUUCCUGAGAAUAUUCUGGAUGCUGCGGACAUGGGCUGUUCUGCAGUUGCUGAUGUGGACUUUUCUGUAGUGACUUUUUUAAAGUGUUCCACAGUGAGAAGGCAGGGUUUGGAACAGCCCGGUGGCCGCAUUAAAAAGCGGGGAACCACUUCAUUUGUGGAACAAAACUCUGUGGAAAUCAUGGACAGAGUGGAAGAGUUUGACUGCAGCACGGAGUGCAGGCCCUUCCAGGUGCACGUCUCGAGGAUUGUUGCUUCUGGACGCCUCAAAAAUGGAAAGCCGACGUCUCCCCCUGCGCAGCCGUCUCCGCAGGCAGAGCCCUUCAAGGCGCUGGUGGAGCGCUGCCGCUCGGAGCCGCUCUCGCAGAGCACCCCCAUGGGGCUGGACCAGCUGGGCGGGCGCAUGCAGCACCUGCUCCGCAGGCGUGCUGAGAACGAGCAGGCUUCAAAGACCCUGAAGGUGCGCGGGAACUGCAGGAACGGCGGCCGUCGAUGGAACCUCUUCAAGCCUGGAGCUGAGAAGCUGCAGAUCAGUCGGCUGAUCAGUGGUGGUUCCAUUGUCAGUGCUGAGGCAGUAUGGGAUCACGUCACCAUGGCCAACCGGGAGUUGGCGUUUAAAGCAGGAGACGUCAUCAAGGUCCUGGAUGCUUCCAACAAGGACUGGUGGUGGGGUCAGAUCGACGAUGAGGAGGGAUGGUUUCCCGCCAGCUUCGUGAGGCUAUGGGUGAACCAGGAGGAUGGCGUGGAGGAGGGAACCAGCGAGGUGCAGAACGGGCACCUGGACCCCAGCGCCGACUGCCUGUGCCUGGGCAGGACCGUGCAGAACCGCGACCAGAUGAGAGCCAACGUCAUCAACGAGAUCAUGAGCACCGAGCGCCACUACAUCAAACACCUCAAGGACAUCUGUGAGGGUUACUUAAAGCAGUGCCGGAAGAGGAGGGACAUGUUCAGUGACGAGCAGCUGAAAAUCAUCUUUGGAAACAUUGAAGACAUCUACAGAUUUCAGAUGGGCUUCGUGCGGGACCUGGAGAAGCAGUACAACAACGAGGACCCCCAUCUCAGCGAGAUCGGGCCCUGCUUCCUGGAACACCAAGACGGCUUCUGGAUCUAUUCUGAGUACUGUAACAACCACCUGGACGCAUGCAUGGAGCUCUCCAAGCUGAUGAAGGACAGCAGGUACCAGCACUUCUUCGAGGCGUGCCGCCUGCUGCAGCAGAUGAUCGACAUCGCCAUCGACGGCUUCCUGCUGACGCCCGUGCAGAAGAUCUGCAAGUACCCCCUGCAGCUGGCAGAGCUGCUCAAGUACACGGCCCAGGAGCACAGUGACUACAGGUACGUGGCCGCUGCCCUCGCCGUCAUGAGGAACGUCACGCUCCAGAUCAACGAGCGCAAGCGGAGGCUGGAGAACAUCGACAAGAUAGCUCAGUGGCAGGCCUCUGUCCUGGACUGGGAGGGAGACGAUAUCUUGGACCGCAGCUCGGAGCUGAUCUACACGGGAGAGAUGUCCUGGAUUUACCAGCCUUAUGGACGGAACCAGCAGCGAGUUUUCUUUCUCUUUGAUCACCAGAUGGUUCUCUGCAAGAAGGAUCUGAUCAGAAGGGAUAUCCUGUAUUACAAAGGGCGCAUAGACAUGGAUAAAUAUGAAGUGGUGGAUAUAGAAGAUGGGAGAGAUGAUGACUUCAAUGUCAGCAUGAAGAAUGCCUUCAAACUGCAUAACAAGGAGACUGAGGAAAUGCACUUAUUCUUUGCCAAGAAACUGGAGGAGAAGUUACGAUGGCUUAGAGCUUUCAGAGAAGAAAGGAAGAUGGUAAAAGAAGAUGAAAAGAUAGGCUUUGAAAUUUCUGAGAAUCAAAAGCGGCAAGCGGCAAUGACAGUAAAGAAAGUCAGUAAGCAAAAAGGUGUGAGCUACUCCAAGUCGGUUCCUCCAGCCUACCCACCACCCCAGGAUCCAUUAAAUCAGGGACAAUACAUGGUGACAGAUGGCAUAUCCCAGUCCCAGGUCUUCGAGUUCACCGAACCCAGACGCAGCCAGGCACCAUUCUGGCAAAACUUCAGCAGGUUAACACCAUUCAAAAAAUAAUACCUAGAGAGAUGGAGAAUUUUAACUUAAAAGAACUAAAAUUUAAAAAAUAAAAAUAAAUAAAAUUAUAUUUAUAGAUGGACCUUUUUUCGGAGAAGCACUGUUGCAACUAAAUAUAUAUACAUAUAUAUAUGUAUACACACAUUUUAAAAAUAAUAAUAUAUAUACAUAUAUGUAUAUAUAUAGAAGGACCAAAAACUUUUUUUGUUGUUUUUGGGAAGUAAUCUGCUACUAGAUACUAGGAAGCACCAAUGAUUUCUAACCAUGUGACCUGUUUUAUUUUAUUUUACUCCAUUGGUUGGACAUCUCUUUUUGUUGGGAUUUUUUUUUCCUGUUUUCCUUCAUUCCCAUCCGAGUCGUCAUUGGCAUCCCAGAACGCUUUCUCGCUUGUGUGACUCCGUCAUGGAACUUCCUCAUGGACUACAUUGGUGUAUAUUUCCUUUGAUUUUAUUUAUGGGGGGGUGUUGUUUGUUUUUUGGAGUGCUGGGAGGUCUCUGCUCCCUGUCCCUCCCUCUCUGUCCCUCCCUGGCUGUCCCCGGUCCCCAGCCCGGGGCGGGCCCGGCGCUGUCCCUGUCCUGCAUCCCCCGGUGUCACUCGUGCCUGUCUGGAUGUGCUCCCUGUGCUCCCGCUCCGCUGCACAGUAUUUCUCUGGCUUUAACUGUUCUCUCGUGGGCAGGUGAAACCCAGCAGAAGGGCAAGCAGCUAUUUAGGAAGUGAGGGAUGGGUUUUCCUCAGUUCAUCUUUUGCGUUUUUUAAAGCACUUGUCUUUUUCUCAGUUCGGUGUGAUUUGUUCACACUCGGAGUAAGACGGAGAAAAGAGAAUCAGAGGCUUUUCUUCUUUUUGCUUUGUUUCUGUGGGCUUAAUUUUGAUUUAUUUUCUUUUCAAGCUGAGACACUUGAAAAGCCCACUCCUAUCUUUGUUUUCCAUGCAAAGAUAAAAGCUUAAAUCCAAUGGCUUCAUGCCUCCAUUGCAGAGAGGAAAAUUGGCUCCGAGGCUCCGACAAGCGGCCAGUUUUCUGUCUUCAGGAACUAAGGUCCCAUCCUUUGGCCGCACUCAGCCUGCACAGCAGCACCUAACGAAGCACUAAUUGCCAUUUGCAGGAGCAGUGACCCCAAAAGUGAGGCCCAUGGCUGCUCUCAGUGCCCCCCCCAUGCCGGGUUCCCCUGAGCCCCCUUAGCGGAAGGAUCCUUGCUCCAGCCCUGGGAGUGCCCACCUGAGGUGAACCCGAGCUGCAGAGGAGCUGAGAGCUCCUUGAGGCAGCUGUGGGUGUGACUGGGCAGUGUGGCCAUGCUUCUGUGCCCAGUCCCAGCUGGUGCUGGUCCAGUCCAGGCCCCUCCAUGUCCCCUGGAGGGGUCAGAGCACUGGGCCUGGGCUGAUGGACCAGCCCAAGCCUCCAGGUCUCUUUCUCUCUCUUUUUCUCCCUCUGGAGACUCACAGCUCUAUUUUUAAAGACCCUUCCUACAAUUUCAGCCUUAAGUACAUUUGUUUGUAAGUGCAGGAGCUUAUGGUUAAGCUUGUAAAACAGACCAUUGUCAGGAGGAGGAUUUUUUUUUUUCCUGGGGCAAAUGAGACUGUGUAACCAGAUUUAGAAGAUGAACUUGAAAUCUUUGCAGAGCUAUUCUGCAAGCUCCUUUGAAAAUGUGGGAUGAAGUGAUUGAUCAGGGUACUUGUCAUUUUCUUUGGAAUCUGAUCCACCACAUAAGCACCCCAGGACAAAGAGCGUGGAGAUAUGGGGGUUUUUUUGUUGUUUUUUGGUUUUGGUUUUUUUUUUUUUUUGCCCCCAAGAAAUCCAAGUGAAUGGGAAGAGCAGAGAGUGUGAUUUCAUUGUUUCCAUGGAGCCUGUUUUAUUUCAGGGCAUGUCACAAGGGCGGCAUUAUUUUUAUUUAAAUCCAAAAAUAAUCUAUCUUAUACUUUUGAAUAAUCUAGAAACUAUCAAUAACCAGCAAAGCCAGAUUAGUGUUUUGGAGAGGAGGAGUGGCCCCUCUGUGACAGGCAGCAGGCAAACACCAGGAAUCCCAAAUAGGAAGCAACCCCAUUUUUUUAUCUGAAAUUAUUUUUUUGCUCUUUUGUAUCUUCGCGUUUUUGUGGCUAGAUUUUAAUGUGGGAUACAUAGCAAAUAUUGUUUUGUUUCUUUAACAGAAUGGGUAUUUAAAGCAGUGCAUGAAAUGGGUUCUUGUCAGUUAACUGAAAUGUUUUACUAUUUCUGAAUGGCUGGAGAGAAGCAGAGAGAGAGAGAAAGAGAGAGAUUCCAAAAUGUUGUCAACAUGAUAAAAAUUUCACUUACUCCUUUUGCCUUUUUAAUUGCUUAGGGAAAAAAAAAAACCAACCAAGUAAAAAGCACAUUAGUUAAGCCUGUUCAUUUACUGUUUUGUGCCUCAGAGAGUGAGAAUGAGACAUCCAUAAUUUUUAUGAGAAGAUGCUUCCUAAGUAUUCAGCACUAGGAAAAAAGAAACACCACCGCCACACCAUUAUUUGCAUCAUAAAUCAAGAUCUGACAAGGCCACUUGUUGGACUCACAGCUUCUUUGUUAAGUGGGAAGCCCGCCCGGGCAGCGCCGCUCGCGCUGGCGCUGGCACAGCGGCCGCAGGGACGAGGGGCUUGGCUCUCGGGCCUUCAAGAAAGCUCUUCCCCUCCAUAAAUUGCCAAGGUGCUGCAGGAGAUGGAGCAUUGGCACAAAGAAGAACCAGCACUGGGUCCCACUUGAGCCCCUGCUGUGGCUGUCCCAGCAGGGAGCAGGGCUGGAGCGUGUGUGUGACAGCGCUGGGAGCAGCGCCCAUGCAGACGGGGGUGACUUGACUGAGCAUCUGGUACAGACUUUUCAUUCCAAUGCCAGACAGGAGGAACCCACUUCCCAUUCCAUAUGCAGAAACAAGAGAGUUGUAACAAACUUACAUGUUUACGGUAUUUCUCUGGCUGAAUCUAUAUAUAUAUAUAUAUAUAUAAAAAAAUAAAAAGAAACCCUCUUCCCUAGGUAAAUGACAUGCAUUACUCUUAACCUAGACACUAGAACAGAGGAUCUAAAUUCAAGACUUUCGCCUCCCCACCCUCUCCAAAAAGUCAAACAAGAACCAACCUAGGUGCAUCUAACAGUUGUAAAUAGAAAAUACUACAUAGAGAAAUAUAUUUGAAAUUUGUUUCAGUUUCUGGAUGGGCACCAGCCGUCCAUUGCAAUGUUAUUGAUAGUACACUGUGGUGCUUUGGGUUUCUGGUUUUGUUCUCUUUAUGCUCUGUCAUCUUUUCAUUGCAGCUACAUUUCAGGGAACAUGUAUAUUUAGUAGCUAUUGUAAGUUCUGCAUGGCAUCACCAAGCUUAUUUUUCCUUAAGAAGAAAAGAAGAGUCUGUAGGAGCUUAAAGGCACUAUGACGACAGGGACUUGUAGCAGAGAAUUUAAAAAAAAAAAAAAAAAGGUUUUUAAAAUUCUAGUUUGAAGCCAAAUACUGAUAUUUUAGUGCUUUUGGGGUUUUAACAGUAAGAGCAAAAAAAGAAAAAAAAAAAAAGAAAAAAAGGAUUUUGGUAACCCAGCUGAUCCGCACUUGCCAGUUUUAUUAUUUUGUUUAUAUUGGACUGUUUGACCCUGUCAAACAAGUGUCAAAGUUGUGUGUAUAAAACAAAAAAAAGUGUUUAAAAAAGUGUUGUAAAGACACUGAGCCUUAUGAAAAUAUUUAUGGAAUUAAAUAAAAAGAAGUGAAAAGGCA